UCCACUAUCAACAGCUUAUUUUCCCUUAAAAUAAACAUUCAUUUCAACAUAUAUAUACAUACAGUUGCUAUAUCUAUACAAAAAUCACCUUCAAAUAAGUUAAGAGUUUAUAGAAGAUGACGAUGAUGGAAGUGAGAUCAAGAGCUCCGGGAAAGAUAAUACUGGCCGGAGAACAUGCGGUUGUUCAUGGAUCAGCCGCCGUGGCUGCUUCAAUUGGCAUAUAUACAUCUGUAUCUAUACGUUUACACUCACAACUUUCUUCUUCUGUUGAUAAAGAUGAUAUUCUCACGCUCCGUCUAAUGGAUGUGGACCUAGAAUUUUCUUGGCCAAUUAGAAGAAUCAAAGAGGUAUUACCUGAUUCAGCCAGUACUAUUGCAUCCUCACCCGCAACAUGUUCCCCAGAAACCAUCAAACUCAUUUCAGUUUUAGUGGAUGAACAUAAAAUUCCAGAGGCAAAUAUUGGAAUUGCUUCUGGAGUCAUUGCCUUUCUCUGGUUAUACACUUCUAUUCAAGGGAAUAAAGCAGCAACAGUGACUGUCUCAUCUGAGCUUCCCUUGGGUUCAGGAUUGGGUUCAUCUGCAGCAUUCUGUGUUUCACUUUCUGGCGCUUUGCUUGCUUUAUCAGAUUCUGUUACAGUUGAGUUUAGCCGAGAAGGUUGGGUUGCUUUUGGAGAAAAAGAGCAGCAACUGGCGAACAAAUGGGCUUUUGAGGGUGAAAAGAUCAUUCAUGGGAAGCCAUCUGGGAUCGACAAUACAGUUAGCACAUUUGGGAAUUUGAUUAAAUUCAAAUCAGGUGCUUUGACAUGCAUCAAAUCCAAUAUGAUACUUAAGAUGCUAAUUACCAACACAAAAGUGGGUAGAAAUACAAAAGCACUAGUUGCAGGUGUUUCAGAACGUAAGAACAGGCAUCUGGAUGCUAUGACAUCUGUAUUUACUGCGGUUGAUUUAAUCAGCAAUGAAUUUGCUUCAAUAAUUCAGUCAUCUUCUGAUGAUGAUAUUGAGAAGGAACAAAGGGUAGAAGAGUUGAUGGAAAUGAACCAAGGUUUGCUUCAAUGUAUGGGGGUCAGUCAUACGUCUAUUGAAACCGUGAUCCGGACAACAUUGAAGUAUAAAUUAACUUCCAAGCUGACUGGAGCUGGUGGAGGUGGAUGUGUUCUAACUUUCUUACCAUCAUUAUUGUCAGAAACAGUAAUCGACAAAGUAAUCAAGGAGCUUGAGCAAUGUGGAUUUCAGUGUUUGAUUGCUGAAAUCGGUGGUAACGGACUUGAGAUUUGCUUUGAUGGCUGUUCAUAAUUCCUCAGUUUAUAACCAUCUUGUCUGUGACAACCAGGCUCAGAUGGGAGAUUCUUAACAUCUGGUGUGUUAAAACAGUUUCAUAUUGGAUUGUUGUAAGAUGCGUGUUAGCUUCUACUUUGUCUCAACAUUGAUUUAGUAUAGAAUAAUAUUAUUACAAGUUUCAUA